CACUUCGUUAUAAAUCAGCAUUGAUGUCUGCUUUGCCGGACUGUAAUCAAAUACUUUUGGCUUGAUACCAGUGAACAUAAUACGCCUUAAAUCUUUUGAGAAUUUUUAACAAAUUUAACCUUACGUACAAAGGCCAUCAAAAUGUUUAAAUAAUGUUUACAAAUGGUUAAACUUUUUUUUAUAGUUGUCUGCCUAUCGUCAAUUGUGCUACUGAUAAAAUAAUUUGAGGAGUUUCAUGUUGAUAUUUCUUUCGCUGGAGUUUCACGACAGGAAAACACGAAAGUGCCUUGUUGUGUUGUCCUUGUUUCUAAUGUCAAUUGCCCGGCUAAUUGAAAGCUAAUCACACUCCGAUGUGACGCCGACGCCUAACUUGGCGUCCAACUUGGUGCCCCCAAAGUGGGCCAGACCAUAAGGACAUCAUCAUAUCGCCGGCGACCCAAAAGGGGCAGGCAGUGCAUUAGAAUAAUUGCCAGAGAUUGCUCUGUUCCACUGCAAUUACGUGGCGAAAGUCUGGAGGCCGGGAAACAGCGAAACACCUGUCCGUGUUUCCACAGGUGAAAUGCCGAAUCGCCACCCCCCAAUUUCCCACUUUCCCACCUUCGCCGCCCUUCAUUUUCCGCAUUUCCCAUCGACUGAGUAACAGACCCAUGUAGUUGGCUCUCGCUUGUCGCCGGAACAUGAAGCAAUUGGUGGAUCUCGUGAGGACCUGCUUGGUCUAUGGAUUCGUGGUGGUGUUCAGCCUGCUCACCCGGCUCCUCAAGCGCUGCCUGGACUUCAGUCACUCGCUGGCCGUCUGAGGAGCAGCAGGAGAAGGUGGAGUCACUAAUCUGGCCCAAUGUUUAUUCGGCCAAGUAGGAGUGUGAGUUCUGAGUGAGGUGUGCCUCCUUUUCAGUCCUUUUAUUAUGGAACAUAGAAAUCAUAGGCAGAGUCCACUGUAGCUGCGGAGUAGUUGGCGUUUGUUAUCUGGCCCAAGUUGUGCACAUGUCGAUGGCAGUUCGAUCUGGUCGGUUGUGGGCUUGUAAGCAGCACGGCGCUUUGGUGCUGCUACUCCUAAUCUUGGCCGCCAUCCUGGUGAUCCUGCACAGGGUGCUCCAGUCACCGCUCCUCAAUCAGUACGCGAUCCUGCAGGAUCACCUGGAGCGCCGGCAGAGCGCCCCGAACACCCGAUCCAUCCGAUCCACCCGCACCAUUCUGCUAUGGAGCGAUUUCUUUGGUGAUCCGCGUUGGAAGCUCUCCUGGGACACUCUCGGUCCGCAGCAGUUGCUCGACGAGCUCCAUUGCCCGGUGUACCAGUGCAAAUUGAGCAACCAGCACGACUUCCUGCCCGCCGUGGAGCUGUACGAUGCCAUCGUCUUCCAUGCGGCGGAGAUGUUCCCGCUGCUGCGACCAGUUCCCCAUCAGCGGAGUGCCCACCAGGUCUACGUCUUCGCUUUGAUGGAGCCGCCCGGCGAGACCAAGCACCGGCUGGACGAUGAGUCCGGCUUCUACAACCUCACCAUGACCUACCGCCUGGACUCGGACGUGGUCUGGCCCUACGGCCAGCUACUGGACAUCGAAACGGACGCCCUGGUGGCGCCCAGUGUGCGGCCCCACUGGCGCAGACCACCAGCCGCGUUCAACGACUCGGCAAUCUGGAAUCUCUGGGCCGGGAAGACGAAGAUGGUCGCCUGGUUCGUCUCCCACUGUGAAACGCUUUCCAAGAGGGAGAUCCUGGCCAAAAGGCUGCAGGAGUUCGUCGAGGUGGACAUCUACGGGAAGUGCGGAACCCUCAGCUGCGAACGUGGUGAUCCGCGGUGCGAAUCGAUGCUGGACACGGACUACCUGUUCUACCUGGCCUUCGAGAACUCGCUGUGCGAGGAUUACGUGACGGAGAAGCUCUUCAAUAUCCUGCACCGGAACAUCAUACCCGUGGUCUUCGGCGGAGCGGACUACUCGCGCAUCCUGCCGCCGCACUCGUACAUCGAUGCCAACCGCUUCGAGACGGUGGCGGAUCUGGCCCGACACCUGAGCUACGUGGCCGGCAAUCCGAAGGAGUACGUCGGGUACUUCUGGUGGCGACGCCACUACCGCCUGGCCUCCAGUUCGCCCUUCUGCGACCUCUGCGCCCGGCUCCAUGCCCCCGGAUUUGGCCACAAGACGCAGGUCUACGGGGACAUACAGUCCUGGUGGUUCAACAGUUGUCGCAUGGAAAGCCAGAUUGGUUUGUAAUUCGAAGGGGCAGCUCAAAUAAAGACUGUUUUCGGGAAGCUACCUACCUACCUUUUUUAUUAUCUAAAAAUAUAUUUAUAUUUGAAUUUUUUUAAAUUAAAUAUUUUAAAUAAUUAUCUUAAUAACUAUAAGCUAAGUAAAUGCACUUUCUUUGAUUUGGUUUUAAUUAAAGAAUUCAUAAAAAUAUAUAUUCUUAAGCAAAGUACCUGAUAAUCGAAACUUUGAUAAUUAUAAAUUAUUAUUAAGACUACAUUUUGAUGCAAUAAAUAGGCUUGAAAAAUUUUAAAAAUGUUGGCUUAGUAGUUUUUAAGUUAUUUUUUUGGUCACCAUUGCUUUAUUCAUAGUUACUAUACAAAAUAUGCAAAAUAAAAAUGUUGUAAAAUUUAAA